AUGAAAUUGGAGUCGUUCGAUUCGCAAUCACCAAUUCGCGGUACAGCGACGAUGUCAUCGUCGCAGUCCCAACAACAGCAGCAAUUUCAUUUAGAUUCAUCAUCAGUUAUCAAGACUGCUCCACCAGGUCGUGGGCAGCACCAACAACAGCAGCAACAGCAUGAUUUUUCGCCAAAAAGUGAGCCUAUCGAUUUGGCACCACUUAGCCAGCCAAGUUUGCAAGAUCUAAGCAAAAUGCAACCUAUCGAACAAUAUUAUUCAAUGCCUAGUUACAGUCGUGUAUAUACGGAUUAUGCAGCUAUUGGACUUGCACAGGGCCAAACGUCUAUUAUUACGGCUCCGUCAAGCGCUGCACCGCUUUAUUAUCCAACUGUUUUUCAAGGUGCCGUGACAGCCCAUGAAUGGCAACGUCCUAUGGAGCAUUACCAACAACAAUACCAACAGCAACAACAGCAACAACAACAGCAACAGCAACAACAACAAAGAGCUAGUACUCUACAGUAUCCUCAGGAGGUAUCACAACCUCAGUCCCAGCAGCAGCCACAAGAAACUCGGGUAUAUAAAGCCGCGGUUGAAAUGCCAUCACCUGUAGAUAGCGGAAUUGGAGCUGAUUUAUCCUUGAUUGCAACCAAAAAUGAUGAUUUUUACACAGCUGCUGAAGUACUCCAUGGUAUACAAGCUGCUAGCACAGAGCGGAGCGAACGAUCGCUAAGCCAUCGAGAUUCCCCAGUCAUCAUCCCAAAACUAGAAAAUAGCUUGGGUUUCCAGUAUGUCCUAGAAGCCCCAAUCUCGACGUCUGUUCGUAAAGAAGACGAUCGGAUGACAUACGUGAAUAAAGGACAGUUCUACACUGUUUCACUUGACUACAUACCGGAUCUUUGCAAGCCACUGAAAAGUCCUACUGUCAAAAGUCAGUUAAUGAUUGUUUUUCGAGAAGAUAAGACUUACGAGGAAGAAAUUAAAACUUGGCAGUUUUGGCAUUCAAGACAACACUCAGUAAAGCAAAGAAUCCUUGAAAUUGAUGCUAAAAAUAGUUCUGGAAUGAUUGGACAAAUUGAGGAAAUCGCGCACAAUGCUGUGCAAUUUUAUUGGAAUCCUACAGAGCAGUCAAAUAUAAGUAUCGCAGUUCAGUGUUUAUCAACAGAUUUUAGUAAUCAGAAAGGUGUUAAAGGUCUUCCAUUACAUAUUCAAAUUGACACUUAUGACGAGAAUGACAGUACAGAUAUACUUUUCCACCGCGGAUACUGUCAAAUUAAAGUUUUUUGCGAUAAGGGAGCAGAACGGAAGUUACGUGAUGAAGACAAAAGAGCUCAGAAACGUAAAUUGACAGGACGCAAGAAAUCAGAAGGUGAAUAUCAUGAACCCUGUGAACGCUCCGAAUUUUAUCACAUGAGUGAUCUCAGUAAGCGAGCUGCUCUAUUUAUCGGACCAGAUGAAUACGAUUCACGCUAUCUGGAAAGUAGCUUGGCAUUUGACCCAUUAUCAGAGUUAGAACCAGUUGCGAAACGGCCAAGAGCAUCUGAGAGAAUAAUGCUCUACGUAAGAAAAAGAGAUGAGCAGAUUUAUACGCCACUGCAUAUAGUACCUCCCUCAUUAGCCGGUUUCAUCCAAGCCGUUGCAGAAAAAUUUGGAAUUGAAACCGAAAAGAUAUCGGGUUUGUUUAAACAGUGCACGAAAGGUGUUACCGUAAAGCUGGAUGACGAUAUGUUAAAGCACUAUUGUAAUGAGGAUACAUUCAUCAUUGAUAUUGAACAAGCUCAAGAUGAUCCAUCGUGUUGCACAGUAACGCUUGUUGAACUUCCACCGUCACAUUUCACACAAUCGUCAUAA